AUACUUCAUCCGUACUUUACAACUCACAGCAAGAUGUGGCUGAAUCUAAUGAUUUUCAUGUCCUGAAUCAUUAGUGUAUGUAAAACAAACUUUCAGCCUCAUUCGCCUUACAUAAUCCUUAACUCCUCAGCCUCAACACUGGCAAAAACUCGGCUGAUCAACGAAAUCUUCAAUUAAGCUACCUAUAAUGCCAAGCCUCUACCCUUGACCUCGGAAGAAUUUGAAUUCCAGAAUAGCUUCAAUUUCUGAAUUUUAGUUCCCAACCUCCAAGGCCGGCCUAGCUUUCCUCUGCCGAGUGCGCCUCAGUCGACAUAUAUGCCACCGUUAGCUGUGAGAUGAUAUAAUGCUACAGCCGCGGAUAUUGUCCGUCUCAGCCCGGAGGGUGCUAGCUAAUUGCCAAUGCACUCUGAGUCUGCCCCUCCGAGGCUAUGCGACAAUUCGCAAGGCUCCACGUCCCUCCAAGCCCGGUGUCGACUAUGUGCCCAGGGUUUCUAAGGACGAUGAGGCCCCCCCUAAACCUGUGAGGCAGCACGCGCCGUCCGGACUCAAGUCUGAAAGGGAAUCGACAUUAAUCCUACGUACAUACAAACCUAGAACACCCGGUGUGCGACACCUUAAGCGACCUAUCAACGAUCACUUAUGGAAAGGCAGGCCCUUCCUUCCAUUAACCUUCCCCAAGAAGGGUAUGGGGAAGGGUGGCCGUAACAACAACGGGAAAAUUACAGUCCGGCAUCGUGGUGGUGGCCACAAGCGGAGGAUAAGGACGGUGGAUUUCCACCGCUGGCUUGCCGGUCCCCACCUUGUCGAACGAAUCGAGUACGAUCCGAACCGUAGCGCGCAUAUUGCGCUGCUCACCGAGGAAGCUACCGGCCAGAAAACGUACAUCGUAGCAGCCGAGGGUAUGAGGGCCGGAGACGUAGUGCAAAGUUAUCGGUCUGGUAUCCCUCAGGACCUUCUCGAAAGUAUGGGUGGAGUUAUCGAUCCGGGUAUUCUGGCUGCUAAGACGGCACAUCGUGGAAAUUGCUUGCCAUUACACCUUAUCCCCGUUGGAACUCCGGUAUACAACGUCGGUUCUCACCCAAAGGGAGGUGCUGUCUUCUGCCGAAGUGCGGGGACCUUUGCUGUCGUUGAGAGUAAGGAAGAAGAGGUAAGGGACGACGGAGUUAAGGUCAUGACGGGUAAAUAUGUCAAUGUUAGGCUACAGAGCGGAGAGGUUCGGAGAGUCAGCAAGGAUGCCUGUGCAACUAUAGGCGUGUCGAGUAACCCUCACCAUCACUAUCGACAGCUUGGUAAGGCUGGUAGAAGCCGAUGGUUGAACAUUAGACCAACAGUACGUGGUGUGGCAAUGAACAAAGUGGAUCACCCUCACGGUGGUGGUCGUGGUAAAUCCAAGGGUAACCGACACCCAACAAGUCCUUGGGGUACACCGUCGAAAGGUGGUUACAAGACACGGAGAAAGAACAACCCCAACAAAUGGGUUGUGGUUCCUCGGGUACGGAACAUGGGCAAACGGAGAGACAAGAAGGGCAAAGACUCAUAGAAUUGUCCUUCUUCGAGCGAGUCCUAUGCACUCUGUCUAUAUUACAACCUACAGUCUCAGCGAAAAGAGCGAGACUUCUGUAUUGAAGUGUACUAUAUUAACCGAGUCAUCGUACAACUCUAGCUGUCACUAGCUAGGUAUCCUUACAACAUCGUGCAUUUUCGA